UGCCAAAGGCAAAAUAUGCCAAUCGUAAAAGUGCCAGUGAUGCAAAAGUUUGGGAUAAUAUCAACCACAUAUCACCUAGAACUACAGAAAAGGCUACUGGCAAAAGCAGCAGUCUGUGAAGAUAAAUCUGCGGAUCACAAAAAUCCAUUGGAAAUCACAGACGAAUUCAUCAAACAGUUUAACAAUGCAGAAGAGCCUAAAGAGCAGGAGUACUUGCUAGAUAUGGCCGAGAAAAUUCUUCAGAGGUGCAAGAGAAGAACAGGACUUGGUUCAAAUGGUUAUGGAAGUCAUGUGAAUCUCCAUUGUGCAUGGACUGAAUUAAUUUUGCUUGCUCAAUGCAAAGGGAAAAUCCAAGAAGAUGCUCUAGAUAUUCUGUUUAUCUCAAUGGACAUGGCUACAAUUAAUCAAGAACACAUGCCUGCGUUGUUCUUCGUUGCUGAGUCAGUUCUUUAUAGAAUUUGCACUGAUGUAGCUAAGAAGCCUUACCUGUUCACCAAUGAGGUCAAACUUUACAAGCUUGGGUUCCUGACAUUUUUAAGGCUUUAUAUUUGUUAUCUUACCGGAGAACUCCAAGGAUUCAAAGACCAGAAGGAAAGACUCUCCUCGUAUUUAAAAGCUCUUUCUUUAUGUGAAGACACAUAUCAGGCAUAUCCAUAUAUAUUGUUCUCGAUUCAUGUCAUGUUAAAAGUUGGAGAAACCAUAUGUGCCUCUUCUCUAUCUCCAGUGGAAACACUAACACAGUUUCAGGAAAAUAAAGCAUACCUUAAGAUAAACUCAUUUGUUUGGAACUGUCUUCUGAUUUGGCUGCAUGUUCAGAUGAGUAAUAUCAAAUUGCAAGAAGUUAUUAAUAAUCUCUUUAGCCUUGAACUAGGACAUCAUCAAGAAAAUUGGUUGGAGUCAGUUGUAGCUUUGUUUAUAUUGGGAGCAGCUGCAAAAUUAAAUGCAACAUGUUUAAGAGCUUUGAUGGAAUUUGGACAGCAUUUUUUCACAUACACUGAACAAGAACAGAGCUCAUGUUAUGUGUCACCAUGGCCUUGGGAAGUAGCCUGUGCAUACUCAAUGGUGCUUGCAGACAUUUGUUUACACGGCAGUACAUCUGAAAUCCAAAAAUAUGCAUUUACUGGUUUUCAAGAUAAACAUAUGUCACACAAAGCAGUAAUAAAAGAAGCAAGUUUAAAUGAACUGUUGAAUUUAGACCCUCCACAAACAUCAAAUGAUGGUGACCAAAUUACGUGGAUUUUUUCUUAUUGCACCAUCUACAAUCUGAUUAAAGUCUGCCAUGAACUCCAGGGAGAUGUAACCAGAGAUGGUCUCCUUGAUGUCAUUUGGAAAGCAUUGUACAAACACAGAGGGACUGAAAGAGAUGCCCGAAUCAUCGAUGCUAUUAAAUUAGCUGAGUCUGAAGUAAAUGGUCCAACAAAUCCCUUUGUUAAUACAAGUGCUAAGACUUCAUCAUCUCCCAGCCCGGCCUUUUCACGGAAUGUGGGAAACAGAAUAGCACGUGCGUUGUCACAGAGGUUCUUACCUCCUGCAGUGCCCAAUAUCCCUGUUCCAAAGAAAAGUGUUCAGAAGCAUCAUCCUGUAAAGCUCCCUGAACGGAAAACCCACAGCAUUGAGAAGAAAGCACGUCUUUCUUUAAGAGAGGAGCUUUUGCUUGGUGGAUCAUCUUGUUCUCCACGUCCUAAUUUUGUAACUCGUGCAAAUAUAGCCUUAAGGAAGGUCAUAGAGGAUCAGUUGGAAAAGGAGCUAAAAAUUAAAAUGGAGGAAGAGGAAAAAAUGAUAAAGAAGGAACAGCAGGAAAAGAAAAAUAAAGAAGAACAACACUUCAAAGAAGUCAUGAAAAAGAGAGAAGAAAUAUUAAAGAAAUCUACCAAGCCUUAUGAGCUUCCUUUGAUAAAAAAAGACACCAAAUAAAAUUACCUUGAUUAAACAGAGCUAAUUAACCAUUCAGAUAGAUCUGGCAUUGGGUUAAUGAAAACAUAUAGGAGCAGAGCACUUAUAAUAGAAUAGAAAGUGCAGAAUACAAAGUGGCUUCAUAAAUGCUAAAUAUUGACACAUAAAAAUAUUCCACAGUAUAUACUAUAUAACACCAAGCAACAUUAACGUAAAUAAUUAGUCCAAUAGUCACUUCCCAUGGAACAAAAAUGUGGGAUGUGGAUUCUUAAGCAUGCAAUCUCAGAAUGGAAAAAUAAAGAAAUAUAAGUAAUGUAAUAUUGCCACAAAUGAUAGAUCUUAAAGUAAGCUGAGAGGUAACAUACACACAUGGUCCAGAGCAGUACAAGGCUGGGAGUUAUGAGCAGAACUCCAGGUUACUUAAGUAAUGCAGAUAUGUAUCCAAUUAAGGUAGGCUGAAUGUGUUAAGAGUCUGUUUCCUUCUGCAAAUGUGGAUGUCUAGAACCAAAUGAGACACAAAUGGGCAGAUUAAAGGAAAGGGUGAACAUUUAUUUCAUAAAACCAAGCAUACACUUAAAGUGCAAAAAUCUGUAUUGGAAGCAAGAUCACCUCUUGCCUGUACAAGCCUUCUUUCCUAUAUAAGGAAUGAUGGUGUCCUAAAAGUUUUGUAAACCCACACAAAGUUUAACAUAUCCAAAUGCAUCCUGAGGAUAUUUUAUUAAUAUA